UUGAUAGUAUUUCUUUCACUAGCAUAGUGCCCAUGCAUUGCCACGCAAUCAAAAGGAAACGGCCAAUAACAUAAUUGUCUCAAUGAGUGCAUUUAUUUUGGAUUGUCCAUCAGUUAGCUGCAACAAGAUAACGACAUUAUAUUUCAUACUACCCAAAUAACAAUAUAUAGUUCAUAACAAUCCAAUACAAGAUGAGAGACAAAAUAACAAAAAAAAAAGACUUGUUGCGCUUAAUUCGGAACUUAUUGCUCAUAUUUUCCAAAAUCUUGAAAUGCUCCUAGAAUGUUUUCCCAUGCUAACACAAGUUCAGCAAGAAUGGACUCGUGAAGAUCUAUAGAUGGUGGUGGUAAACUGGUAAUUGUCGUGCAACAAUUGUAAAAGUAGUUUGUUGUUACGCACUGAUUUAUCAGCGUACAGCUGCAGACAUGAGAUGAACCCACUCUUUUCCACGGCGGGCCAAAUUUAAAUAGAUCGUAAAACAGUAGAUAACAAAAUCUUCUCGAAGUUGAAGCAGAAAUUCAGUAAGGUUUGUCACAUAUGUCGUUUUAUUAACCUCGACAAGCAGCACAACAAGAAACUGCCAAUGUGUUAUGUGUCGUGCCUCAUGCUUAUUUGAAUGUCCUCAUAUUUCUUUUGUAUAAAUAAAAUUUGUUUUCAUUUCUGGUGGUGUUCAAGGAAUCUAAUCAUCUUGUAAAGUGAACAAAGCUGCCCUUGAUCCUUUGUGCAAAUAGCUUGUUCAAAGCUAGUUAUAAUUGCUUCUGUUAUAUCUAGCACAAACUAAACUCAAUUCUGCAGCUAUCUGUUCUAACCUCUUGACAUCAGGGAACUUAUGUUGUGUCCAUUACUUUUACACAUGAUAUAGUUAAAGGCAGGUCCAUUACUUUUACACAUGAUAUAGUUAAAGUGAAUAAGUAGUUCUUAACGUAUCCUUAUACAACAACCAUUUUUUUAAAUAAUAAUAAAUCUUUGCAAAAAUAGAGGAUCUAUUUAUUGGAACCCUUCCCUCUACUGUAUCUUUGACCCUUGAGUUAAAGCAUGUGGGGUUGCGCAAAAUGUCAAAACAAAUUUGAAACCUAACUAUUGGUGUGAGUGUUUUUUUUUCCUUACAGUGAACCCAACUUAAAGGACAUAAUUUUGUUUGGAAAGACACCAACACCCAGCAGUUCAGAGAAUAUAUUCACUUAUUCAGAAAUUUCGCCAUUGUUGCCUCUGCUUUAUUUUUACUGAAAUGCUAAAAUCCGACGUCAGAUUUUUAGGCAUGGCAAAUCUGAUGUUUUCGUGGCAAUUUAUAUUAACACGAUGAUGUCAAAUUUAGUUUGCAAGGACGGCAACUUUCUCACAACAAAAUGAACUGGGGCAGAUUUGCCAUGCUCGCUAACUAAACUUGCCAUCCUCGGGGAACAUAAUUUGCCAUGAAAAACGUUCAAUUCGCCAUGGUCAAGAAUCUGCCGUCAGAUUGGUAGCGGAGUCCUAUUUUUAUUGGUUUAUGAUAGUCAACCCAAACUUGAAAUCUGACUAUUAGUGUGAGUGUUUUUCUUAUACUGAACCCAACUUAAAGGAUUUAAUUUUGUUUGGAAAGACACCAACCCCAAGAAGUUCAGAGAAUAUAUUCAUUUAUUCAGAAAUUUCACUGCUGUUUCCUCCGCUUUAUUUGGGGAGAUACAAAUUCAGUUGAAGGAUCUGAUAUAAUACACAUUAGCAAUGAACUUCGCUUGGCUCUCUCAGGAUCUCAGGAUACCACAGCAACACCAACAUAUAAACUCUUGCUAGAAAAAUAUGUGGUGAUGUUGCUCGAGUGAUUAGGAAUGGUUGAAUAGAUCAACCGAUUUUCAUGUUUGGUACGAGAUUUUAACAUGGCAUUUUGCAUUUUGUGGAAUAGAAUCUGUGUUUAAAUACAACAAAUAGAGUAUCUUGAAUUAUCGAUGUAUGCAUUAGUUAGCACGUAAGGCACAAGGGACGUCACUGACUGAGAAGGUGGAUAAGGUGAGGAGUUGGGGCAACAAGCGUGAGAGUCGUCAGAGGAGUGUUGGUGUCAUGCGACAAAUGCAUGGCACCAUGGGAGAGGCAAUGGAAGAUUGUUCAACGUAUUGAAUUGGCGGAGGACGGCGAUUGGUGAGGAGAGGCUUCUGGAGACUGCGAUUGGCAUUGGGGAACGAUGAGGAAGAAAGGGAGAUUGGGGAAGAAAGGCGGCGGAUGGGAGACGUCGAGGAAAUCGUUGGGUUUUCCAAGAGCUAGCUGGCCUGUUUGCUCUGUAUACAGAGUAACCGGAUGCCUGCAGUGCAAACUCAUAGUUUUUCUUUAUCCUCAGCUUUCAGUUUUUUAAUCACGGUUGCAGGUUCCAAUAGGUCCCACAUGUAAGGGUAGAGGAUGGUCUACCCGGAGGGGACUCACAUCGUCAUCCCAUGGCUCGAGAGGCCCAUCAUCUACGACAUCCACGCCAGAACACAACCUGGUAGAGAGCACCUCCGGGAGCCGGAAUCUCCAGAUGGUGGGAAUUGGUCUUCGUGUUACAUGACCUAUGCCAGAGACUACCAACUAUGUACAGGACCUUAGGGGAGAAUUAUAAUGGCAGAGUGUUGCCUUCAAUCAUUCAUGAAACGCUCAAAGCUGUGGUUGCCCAAUACAAUGCCAGUCAGCUAAUCACACAGAGAGAUUAAACCCAGUAAGAGGGACAUGCUGCUUGAUUGCUCGCGUAUGCCAUGUCGGAUCGAGCGGUGCCAGGUGAUUGGGUACAUGGAUUUUGUCUCGCCCAUUUGGUUCGUCCACAUGCAACAUGCGUCGUGUUCCUCUCGGUCGUGGAGGGCGCGUUCCUGGCCAGCCUCGAGGGUGGCGGUGUGGCCGGCGACGAGCUUCAGCUCUGCGUCCAGAGCGGUGACACCAGCACGUGCGCCAGUUUUUUGCUCCUCGGUCACUGAUGGUUUUGUUCUGUCUACGGCGAUGGGAUUGCUUCCUCUGCUCCGUUUGUGUGGUUGAGGAAAUGCAUGAGCUGUCAAUCAGAAAGAACUUGAAUCUUCAAGCAAGAACUCCAGACUCGGCUUUCAAGUAACUACAAUGUGAUAUUGAAAUUUAAUUGUCAGUUCGCACUAUCGCUUCUACAAGAUCACCUUCCAGUUUACACCAUUCUCCUGAAGCCUGAACUAUGUGAGUUAUCAAGAAGCACAAUUUGCAUGAUGCUAAUCAUGAUAAGGACCAUAAUGCCUUCCACAUCAAGGGGUUGCUGAUCAAUUUCAUCCACUCAGAGUGGCCAUUUCUUCUCAAAGUUCCUUCUUUCUUGGUUGAUUUCAUUACUCCAAUUAUCAAGGCAACCAAUAACCAGAGCAUAGCUGUCAAGUCGUUUUAUUUAUUGCCAGACUAUGAAGCAUGGAAAGAGCAGCUAGGAGGAAAUGAUAUCUCAUAUAUGAAACCAUGAAUCAGGGAUCGUUGGGUUAUCUGAGCUGGUAUAACUCCGGAACGACAAAGUGGUUCAGGUCUGGCCAUGACGAUCCAAUACUUCAGCAGAGAAGUUACCACUGUGGAGAGAACCUCGAAGAACGCCUGCCCUGCUUCAGCCUCUACCUCCUUGCCUUUGUCUGGCCCUCAUGUUUGUGCAGAUCUCCUGGACAGCCUGCUUCAAGAAAUUCUGCUUCAUGAAAUUAUUGCUCUGUUUGACUCAUUCCAUGACUUCCUUGCAUUCAUUGGCACCUGUUGCUCUUGGCGUGCUGCAGUCUCUACCUUUCCCUCUGUGCAUACAUUCAGCUUCCCACCGCUCCACUUGAAACCAGAUGGUCCUUAUGUUCAUCCACAUAGCGGCCCUAUCAAGCCCAUCCCUUUAUCUAAUUGCAAAUGGCAGUUCAGUGAUCCUAGCAAGAAAAACUUAUCCCUUGCGUGUUCAGUGCCUAAAAAUAGUCCAAAUAAAAUGCACUAUUUGGGCUGCUCAUAUGGGUAUCUUAUCUUCUCCCACAAGGUUCACUGCCUCCUUGUCGAUGUAUACACUGGUAGCAAGGUGAUGCCCCCCAAACUCCCACCUAACAACGAUCUUGGGUACUUCUGUGGAAUAGGCAUCCUUACGGCCCCAUUGAUUUCACCCAACUCUCGCCUCCUUUUCUCUAGAGAUUCCAUGUUUGAGUGGCAUGUUGGAACAAACUCCUGGUCAGAGCACACCCUUACUCUUGAUUAUGAACUCAUCUAUCAGAUUGUGUCCUUCAAAGGAGAUAUCUUUGUCAUAGAUGCUCUUCUUAGGCUCCACGCUAUACACUUCAGACCUCAAUUCCACAUGCAAAAAAUAGCAAUUAAAAAGGAGUUUGUGCCUAUGUACUCAUGGUUGGUGGUCUGUGGUGACAUGCUUCUGAUGAUUGACCAAAGGUUCAGCUCUGGCGGAUUGGGUGGCUCAUCUAACGCAUUCUUUAGGGUCUUUCGCCUCAACUUCUCUGUCGAGGCAGCUAAGUGGGUGAAGUUGGAGAAGCUGGAGAAUUAUGCUCUGUUUGUUAGCCCUGAUAGAAGGAAUCCUACAUUUUGUUGCAUGAGCCCGGAAAGAUGGGGAGGAAAGAGUAACUGCAUUUAUUUUGCGAGGCUAUCUGAAGAUCCCGAUGAAACUUGGACCGCGGUCGAGUUUGGUCAGCCAGUGCCAAACAAUGCAGUUCGCUCCAUGCUCUUCUAUGAUAUUUCGUCCCCUCCAGACUGUGGUGUACUAUGUAGCCUCUGGGUGUUCCCCAGUUUAGUUUAUGGUUCUGGCUAGUACAUCUUUCUAGUCUUGCACAAGACCUGCCUAGCGUUUAUCUCAGCUUGCAACUAGUUCUGUAGCUGUAAUGGUUUUCUGACUUUUGACCAAUUUAUUUGUGUCCAACUACGAUUAAUCUGUAUGGGCAUGCUGCUGUUACUACUGGUUGUAUUGUGGUGAAGAUCGGGAUUGCAUUUGUCAUCUGGUUGCGCCGGUAGAUGCAGCAGCAGAAUGGUCACAUGUGCUUCAACCAUCUGCUGUUAAAUGAGACAUGUACUGUCAAAUGUAACGUGGGUACUAUUGCGGACAAACUUGUCGUGUAUUCUACUGUACCUCCCAUGGAUCAUUCAUUGUUGACCUGAAUGAAUGUAUUGGAUAAUGGUGGUUUUCUUGCCAAUUUUAGUUGAUAAUGUGCUGACAGAGCAGGAGACGUCUUUGCAAAUGACGUCUUGUGCUUUCC